UGCAUUUCUACACAUGCGGGCUUGGCCGCAUAGAAACCGGUCCUUUCUAUAAUUAUUUGGAAAGUUAAUGACACUCUUCUAGGGUACAUGUGUUACAGGGUCUGUUUGAAAAUGACUGCCAAGUCGAUCAUCCUGGCUGUAGUUGGUUCUGGUGUACUUGCCUUCACAGUGGAUCACUUCCUUGCUGAUAAGAAGCUAUUUGGAGGGACCACGCCGAAAACCAUGACUAGUACAGAAUGGUGGGAAGAAACUGACAAGAAAUUUCAAGCUUGGCCUCGCACUGCAGGCCCACCUGUGGUGAUAAACCCAAUAAGUCGGCAGAAUUUCAUUGUAAAGACCCCCAGCGCUGAUGCCUGAUGCUUUAUGAGAUUAACCUGAGAGCUCAGUUUAGAAGAUACCUUUGCCAAGACUUUAGUCUCUUGUUAUUAGAUGGAUGCAAUUCUUCUUCUUCCAUAAGUAGAGCUCAGAAGAUUGAUUAUUUAGGAAAUAUUUGACUAUUUUUUUGAAUAAAUCAAAUUUGAUUUUCAGGUCU